UAAUGGGAACCUAAUAACAAAAAGCACCAUAAAGUAAAUAAAUAACUCAAUUUCAAAUUGAAGUUGCUUGCUUAAAAGUAUAUCAUUCUAUCAAAUUUUAGGUUAAAGGCUAUGUGGAAUUGAAUAGAGAUAGAAGAACCAAUUAAGCAUUACUCAAAGAAAAGGCUUUAAAUGAGAUGAUGCGAAGUCCUACUAGAAUUAUGGUAGAAGAGUAUCAAAAGUUCCAACAAUUAGUUCUAGACGCUCGAUUCUUAGAGACAUGUAGCAUUGUAUUAAGGUAUACUAAUCUCAUAUUAUUUUAGAUACUGUGAUAUUGUCAAAGAUUAAUCAAUAAGAAUCUUUAAAUGUGGAGGAGAUCCUUCAAAAAUAGCAGAUAUUAUGCCAUAUCUUGAAACUAUUCUCUUUGCAGCUGAUAAUUUGAACUUAGAAUAAGUAAUGGAAUUUAAAGAUCUCAUGAUAUUCUAUUUUGGACCUGGCUUCAAUGACACUAGUAAACUAUUAAAUGUUGAUCAAAAUUUAAAAUAACUUUAUAGAACUCCUCUGCCUGAUGCAUAUGAAGUGAAUGAAUUUGCAUUAAAAUUUGCAGAAAAAUAUGGAUUCAGUGAAGAACAACUCAAUGCUUCAGGACAUUAAUUUAGUUCCAAAUUUUAAAGACCUGCCCAAGGAGGUAUCUUAAUAGAAUAAUAAUCUUUUGGAUAAUAAUAAUAAUUUAUUCCAUCUAUAAACUAAGGUUUUGGAGUACCUUUUGGAUCUCAUCCAGAAUAAUUCCCACAGCCAGGAAACAAAGGAUACGGUGAUUUUGGAAUGGGUGGAGGCUUUGGUAAUCAAUCUUAAGGAGGAGGUUUUGGUAAUCCACCUUAAGGAGGAGGUUUUGGUAACCAAACUCAAGGAGGCUUUGGUAAUCCACCUUAAGGAGGUUAUGGUAUUCCACCUUAAGGAGGCUUUGGUAAUCCACCUUAAGGAGGUUAUGGUAUUCCACCUUAAGGAGGCUUUGGAAAUCCACCUUAAGGAGGUUAUGGUAUUCCUCCUUAAGGAGCCUUUGGAAAUCCGUCUUAAGGAGGUUUUGGUAACUCAUCUUAAGGAGGCUUUGGUAACUCAUCUUAAGGAGGCUUUGGUAACCCACCUCAAGGAGGUUUUGGAAAUCCCCCUUAAGGAGGCUUUGGUAACCCUUCUUAAGGAGGCUUUGGUAACCCACCUUAAGGAGGAGGUUUUGGUAAUCCACCUCAAGGAGGUUUUGGUAAUCCACCUCAAGGAGGCUUUGGAAUGACAUAAGGUAUUAAUUAACCUUCUUAAAAUGGAUUUGAAAAUUAAACUCCAUAGACUGGAUUAUAUAAUUAACCAAGUAAUUAAUUUGGUAGCCCCCCUAUUGGAGGAAUAGGUAAUACUUCAAAUGGAGGAUACGGUUAAACAAAUGGAUCUCCAAAUCCAUACGCAUGUAUCAAUUAAGGUAUCAUUAAAAUUUAAAUUUUUAGGUCCAUAAAUAUUAGCAAGUUAAAGUAUGAAAGUUCCUUAGACAUUUUAACCUCCUUAAUAAUAGCCAUAAAUAACACCAGGAAUUUAACCAUAAUAACCUCUUGGGCAAUAGAAUAAUAAUAAUGAUUAAGCAAAUACUAAAGCUAUUGAUGAUUUGGAAGCAAGAUUAAGAAAGAUUAAUGAAGGCUUAUGAU